AUGUCUCCAUCACUUCAGAACACGACUAAAGAUAAUGAUCUGUCGUCCAAACGCAGGCGAUUCCAGCCACCGAUAACCUCCUUCUUCCCCGCAACAACAGGAACAGAUCACCCCGAUAGCCUAUGUGCCCCUCACUUAUCAUAUACCCACUACUCCACCACCACAUCCUCCCCCAUGCCCGCCGUUGAUGCAAAAAUUCAAGCAUCGCUACUUUCAGUCGGCAUGCGCAUCCGCAAAUCAGUUGCCGAAGGAUACAAAACUCGAAUCCCUAAUUCAGAAGACAAGUCAACUCUCUAUACAAACAAGACCCCGAUCGCCGGAGGUCCAACUGCCUAUACCGAACUGGCACCCUUCUGCGGCUUAACAAAAUCAGGCGAUUCGACCACCCAACCCAUGACUCAUCCUUCCUCGUUGUCCUACAAUCAAAUAGAUCAACUCAUCACGGAUGAUGGAGAUGCUUUCUCUCUCCCACCAAGUAGCCAGGAAUCGGUUGACUCGGUCCAAACAACCGCACAGAAGCGAGCAUACGACUGUGACGAAGAUGAUCUCGAUGACGCAUUCGAUGAAAUGCCGACCGGAAACAACUGGCAGAACUUCUUGGACCCGAGUAUAGGCAUGAACUCCGUGCCCGGCCGUACUAUCCUCACACCAAGUCUAGGGCAGCAGCGACGUCAGUUUGUUGCCAUGAAGACUCAAGCGACUAUUGACGUUGAUGAUUUCGAUGAGCCCACCUUCCUUCGUAGGCGCGAAGAGGUUGAUAUGGAUCUAUCCUGA